UUCAUUUGGACAUCGACAUUUACUCUUCUAUUGUGAUUAUUUAAUUAGUUUGAUUCUUUUUCUUUUAUCUCGGUGAAAACAAUUAAUUUAUUAAUUUAGUUUAUCAAUUGUUCUAUUCUAAUGUUAAUCUAACGUCAAGUGUUUAAGGAAAAAAGGAGAAAGAUUAUUGAAACAAGCGCCAUUACCUGCGCAUUCUUGGCUUACGCCUUCAACCCUGUUUUUAGAUUUGUUUUAAUUGCAGAUUUUUUGUAGUUUUCUCUUUGAUGUUGGUGUUUUUUUUGUCUCUCUUUCUCUCUCUCUCUCACUUAGUGAUUAAGAAUGAUGAUUUCUUUUUAUUCUAGAGUUUGGAUUUUAAUUAUUUAGAUUCAUCUCUUUCUUCAUUUCCUUCUCACCUUUGCAUAUUUUCUGUGGAUUUAAAUUAUUGUAAACCUCUACUUUCUUCUUGUCUCUCUUAUUUUUUUCUCUUCUCUUUCUCUGUUGGCUCAAUUGGUCAAUUUCCUCUUUUCUUUUUUCUCUAUCUCUCUCUCUCUCCAUUACAUUUCUUGUCUUUUGUUUUCUUUUUUUAUUUAUUCUUUUUGCUCCAUUAUCUUCUAAAUUUUUGGGCUGAUAUAUUGGUGUUGUGUCUGUUUUCUUUGCUUUUGGUCAAUGAUUUUCUAUUGAUGAAAAUAAGUGAGAAAAAGAAGCAAAGAAAAAGAUGAAUAAUCAGCCAACAGUGACCAAUCCUGUUCGAUUUCAAACUGGAACCUCACAAGGACCUUUACUUACUUCUACCAAUUCAACCUCAGCCACAGGACCUCGAUCCAUUAGUGUUUCAAUACUUCCUUCUGGCACUACCUUAAGUUCACCCAUUUGGACCAAUAUUGUUACCUCACCGGUGAUCUCUCCAGUCAUAUCUCCAGUUAAAAUUCAAACACUACCUGGAACUCCAUCUUCCCCUCGGCCCAUUAUUUUAAUUAGAAAGCGUUUGGGUAGUGAGCAACAAGCAACUUCAACAACCAAUAGUGUUACCGAUACUACACCAACAAAGAAGCCUAGGAAACAACUUUUAGAACCUUUUCACCUGACCACCUCUAAUAACAUUAAACCUCUUCUUAAUGAUCAAGAUAAUGUAAAUAUUAAAGAGGAAACAACAGGAACAUCAGUUCACAUCAUCAGUGGUACAAGUAGUAACAUCAACAUCUCCACCAGUAAUUCAAAUAAUGUUAACAAAGACGCUGCACCAGGAGGUGUAAUCACCAUCUCUAAGAAACCUCGUAUCUCCAUUAAUUCCUACAAUGUACCAUGGAAAUCAUGUCAAUAUCAUUUUUUAAGGUACACUGAUGUUAAACAGAAAUCCGAGAAGAAGACAACAUUAAGUGAACUUUCAAAUGAAGGUUUACAAAGGAAAAAUGGUUGGAAGGUGCAACAUCUUGUGACACAUAUGGAGGAUGCCGAUGAAGAGGAAACUCAACUCUACAGUCGUUUAAGAAGCUUUUCAAAUUUUUUUGACACCAGUGAUCAAGAUAUUCACAAAACAAUUAACAUGUUAGGCCGAUCUUUUUAUAACUCACAACGUACCUUCAUUGACACCCAAGUACAAUUGUUUGAUAAAUUAACGGAUCUAAUACGUGGUAACCUUCAGCGAAGUAAACUUUUUCAAGAUCAAAUCAAUGAAGGCAAAAAUCUCUUAAUCAAGUUAACUAAUGAUCAUAAAGAGAGAGUCGGAAGGUUAACCAAGAAAUGUGUAAAUAAACGUACACUAAUCAACAAAUAACCAUCAGUAAAUCCAUUCGCCGAAAACACUCAAUAAGAUGAAUUGAUUUGACAGCAUGAUGAUCCAACUAUAAAUAUAUAUCAACAAUUUCAAUUCAACACAAUCAACUGCGAAAUAACAACAACAUCAACAAUAUCCAUUGACACCAUUGUAAUGUAUCCAUUAAUGUGUUUCUACUUUGACGUUGAAAGAAAUAAUUUUUUUCCCUUUGUUAAUUGUAAUAUGAAUCUAUCUCCUCACAUAUAUACAUAUAUAUAUAUAUAUAUUUAUCUCUCCGACUGCAUGAGCAUACGAAAAAUAUUAUUAUAAUUAUUUAUAUUGUGUCUCUGUAAAACUUGUAAAAUGUGAAAGGUGAACGCAAAA